GGCACAGAUAUUAUAUAUUUACAUUUACUUGAUGUUUGUCGUUUGAAAUUUUCUUACCUUCACCUUCGACAUUCUUCUUCAUCCGUCAUUCGUCAUUUUUCAUUCUUUUCAUUCUUUUCAUUUUUUACUUCUCUUCAUUCACUCAUUCAUCCAUCAUUCUUCACUCUUCACUUUCACUUUGUCCAUCUCACAGCCCUUUCUUUAACUCUUUUUAUACUGCCUUCUGCACUCAACGUACUAUUAUCUUUCUUAGCCAUGGCAGUGCUAAAAUGGUCAAGAUCUACAUCAAGUCCGUCAAAAGACUUCGUGUGCUUGGAGUCAGACAAUUCUUCCGAUCAUGCACAAAAAAUCUCACUCCUCCUUAAUUCAGAAGUCCAUGAACCCAAUGGUGAUCCGUCUCAUCACCUGACUAUCCAAAGCUCCAAAGCUCCAGUCAAAGAAGCUAAGAAGGCCAACAAGUCCUAUAGUUGUCCUAUUUGCAACCGCAAAACUUCAAGGUCAAUAGACUUUGAACGCCACUACCAGACACAUCUCUCCAAAGAAAAGAGAAGAGUAUGGAUCUGUGAUAGAUGUGGCACCAAAUGUUUUAGGCCCGACACGCUGAAGAGACAUAGGGAUACAAAAAUAUGCAAGAAAAAGGCAUCUCAAUUAGCGUCACAGUUGCCAAGGCAGCUACAAGGUAUACAACAGCUACACCCGUAUAUUGGCUAUCAGGACAAUGUUGAUAGAUUCAACCAGUAUGGCCAAUUGUCAUCCGCGGGUCCGAGUCAGGAACCAGUCUUGGCGUCUAUGCCCUCUGCCAUUCCACAAGGUCCCCACCUCCAGUCUAACCAUGUAAUGCUCGACUCGACUCUGCUUCCAUUCAUGGGUUCAUAUCCGGUGCAUCCCUGGGUACCAACACCCAUUGUCACCUCACAAGGCUACUCCCAGCCUGACCACGCUAGAUUCAACCCGACCCAUAACCAACUUGGAUUCACGGGUGGAAACCAGGGACAAGACUGGAUGCUCUAUGCCGACCAAUGGAAUCAAAGCUUGUAGCACGUUAGCUCAGCUGAAGACAGUGACCAACACUGUGGAUGCUUACUCUGUAUAAUGGGAACCUAAGUCGCCACGAAGAUAGACAUCAGUCAGUGCAAUUGACAUCACACAAGAAAGGGUUCGCUCUUGCUCUAACUGCAUCCAAUAGUUUAUAACGUCCUACCUAUAUAAUUUUUGAUACUAGAUUUAUACUUGAUACUUGAUAGAUUUAUAUGAUACUUGAUGCUUGAUAGAUAUAUAUAUAUAUACAUUG